AUGUCAAAUACUGCUGUUGUCGUACAACAGCGGGAUUCUCCUUCUUCUGAUUCAAGUUCUUCUCAAAAGAAUCCUUCUUCUUGGGAUCCUCAAGAUGAUAUCUUGUUGAGACAUUUGAAAGAAGUCAAAAAAAUGGGAUGGAAGGACAUCUCAAAAUAUUUCAACAAUAGAACUCCAAAUGCUUGUCAGUUCAGGUGGAGAAGGUUGAAGUCGGGAAAUUUGAAAUCAAACAAAACUGCUACUAUAAACAUCAACGAAUAUAACAUAGAACUGGCUAUUCCUGAUAAUGUAAAUGUAUGCAUCCCCCAGCAACAACAACAACAAUCUCCAGCUCCCCAACAGCAACACCAAGCCGUCAAGACUAAUUCAGUUCAACAGGUCCCUAUCCAGGUUCAGGUACCUUCCAUUCCUCAGCAUCCUCCUACUUUCUCUCCUGUCUUUACCCAUUCAAACCCAUAUGACUCCUCCUCAACAACUGCCAAUACAGGCACAGGCACUGGCAGCUCUUCUAAUUCAGGCUCAUUCAUUAAACCAAGGUCCAUGUCUCACUCUCUUUCAAAACCAAACCAAUCUUUCAACACACCAUUAGUAAACCCAGCAGGUCCUCGUUCUCAGUCUGUCAACGUAUUGCCUCCAGAUCAAGAAAAUAUAGGUUUCGUGCCAAAAAUCAUCGUAAGAUCAAGAAGAAGCUCGUUUGCUCAUACAUCUACUGCUGCUCAGCAACAAAACCCAUUGAACUUAUCGGCACCUUUCCCAAUCAUAAAUCAUCACCAUCUAUCUACAAAAUCAAGGAAAAAUUCGUUCUCAACUAGAUCAAGACGUUCUUCUUUCAACUUCUCUUCAAGCACCCCAUUGUCAAGAAGACACUCCGUCGUGUCCUCGACUCCAAACAUAGCAACUCCAACUCAACAAAACCUAAGAAGAAACUCAAUCGUCCAAAACUCAAGAUCUUCUUCCACUUCCAUGGGAACUACUUACAUGGAUCUCCCACCUCAUCUAAGAAGAGGUACCACCCAACAGCCACAACUAGUCCCACAGAGCCAUCAACAACCUCAACAAGUUCAACAAGCGCCAUCAAAAAUAAGCUGGACACCAGAUGAAGACAAAAUAUUGCUCGAAUCUGGAAGAAAGAUGUCUUCUUUGGAAUUGUCGUUGUUGUUACCAAACAAACCAGAUAUAGAAAUAAGAUCAAGACUAGCAACUUUGCUAUCAGAAACAUCAGCUGUCUCGACUAAUUCUCAAAAUACCCCUUCACCUUCAGCAUCGCAAUCACCUUUGAAUUCCCCAAGGAACACUUAUAUUUCGCAUUCAGUUAAAACUAUCGAGAGUGCUAUCGAUGAGGAUACCUUCGAUGAAGACGAUGAAGAAGCUAUAGUAGAUGAUGAUGAAAUAAACAUCUCCAAAUCAAAUCAUAGAUUCAUUAAAAACGAACAUAAUAUGGGACACCUACGUAGAGACUCAUCAGCUUCUCCACCAACCUCUAAAGACAUAUCGCCAAACGCCUAUUACUCAAAUAAUAGUACCGAUAGCUCGAAAAAUUCACCUUCUUCUCUUAAUGUAAGAUCAGCUUCUGUAAUGAGUUCAGCAACUAGCUCAACAACUACAACUACAGCUGGUACUGCAAAUACUUCUAAUUCAACUAAUAUGUUAAACAAUAAGCAAUUGCCAAGUAUAAGUACUCUACUCCAAGAUAUGAUAUGA